GUGGCAAGGCGGCGGUGUGGUGAUGUUCGUGUUGAGACUCGGUACAGUUGGUAGGAUUGGGCAGUGUGGCGCCAGCUAGUAGUGGAGGUGGUUGUCUGCUCGUCCUGCUCCUGGUAGUAAAUGACAUUUCUUUUGGUGUGGGCGUGUGGCCAGCUUCCGUAGGUGCCGCGAGUGUGUCGUUGACCGGUGCCCUGUUGUGAGACCCUCCCCACGUCUACUGCAUGCCCUUAUAUCCAUACAGUAGUGCACCAGUGUCUUGCCUUCACUCCUAGCCUUAAGAAACACCACCACCACUACUACCACCACCACCAUGGCCAUGCUCAGGGGUUACCUUUAUGUGGAUAUCAUUGAAGCAGAUAACUUACCUGACUGUGACACUGCAUUCUUCAAUAUCGAUCCCAAGGAUACAUCAGAUGCUUUUGUCCAGAUCAAGAUUGGUAGCUCUAUCAUCUGCAAGACAGCAGUAAUUAAUAAUGAUCUUUCUCCCAAGUGGCAGGAGUCUCACAGGAUUCCUGUGUGUCACAAAGCAGAUGAACUACAGAUCCAGGUGCUUGAUAAGGACCACUUUAAUGCCGGAAUACUUGGGGAGGUAAGCAUCCGCCCAGAAGACCUCUUGGAUGGGGAGACACUGGAGGGCUGGUAUCCACUGUCUGGUUGUGAUGGACGCAUCAAUCUCACAAUGAACUAUGUUCCUAAAGAAGCAAUUGAAGCCACGUUUGAAGUGCCAGAUUGUUACUUCCCUCUUCGUGAAGGGUGUGGUGUCACCCUGUACCAAGAUGCUCAGUGCCCUGCCAUGCCUUUCUUUGAGAGUGUCCCAACAGCCACUGGAGAACCCUAUGAGCCUCCCUGUGCCUGGAAAGACCUCUAUUAUGCACUUAAUAAUGCACAGAGGUUCAUUUAUAUCACAGGAUGGAGUGUCUACACUGACAUAACACUGGUGAGGGUAGAGGGUGAUCAGGAAGAGGAGGGUGUAGGAGAGACUGUGGGAGAGCUACUAAAGAGGAAAGCUGGAGGUGUUAGGGUACUGGUGAUGGUGUGGAAUGAGAAAAUGAGCACUGGCGUCACUGCAGGGCUCAUGGGCACCCACGAUGAGGAAACACGUGCCUACUUUGAGGACUCGGAGGUGCAUGUGGCAGUAGUGCCUCGAGUCAAGCUGCUGGAGGGUGUAACUGCCUUCUUCCGGGACCAAUUUUCCCAGACCUGCUACACUCACCACCAGAAGACGGUUAUUCUGGACUGUCCGCCUGCAGAGGAUGAGGAGCUGCCACGAAUCCAGGCCUUUGUUGGGGGUCUGGAUAUCACUGAUGGCCGCUAUGACACACCAGAGCAUGAGCUGUUCAGAACAUUACAUUCUGUCCACCAGGGUGACUUUUAUAAUGGUGUAACUACCACUACCUGUGAUGAAGGCCCUCGCCAACCUUGGCAUGAUAUCCAUUGCCAUGUCAGUGGCCCAAUAGCUCAGGAUCUCAUGGACAACUUCACUGAACGCUGGCGAAGGCAGGUCAGUGAUCAGGAGUCAGCGCUGCUCCCAAUCUCUGAGGAAGAGUUCAUAAUAGAUACACCAAUACCCUGUGAUGAGGCAGAGGCUUGGAGUGUCCAGUUGUUCAGGUCUAUUACAUCUGAUUCUGCUCUAUUUAAUUUUGACAGAAUACAUGCCAUCCCUAAGAGGAAGGGAAAGUAUGUUGACGACAGUAUCCACCGGGCAUACAUCCACCACAUCCGCCGUGCAGACAGCUUCAUCUUUGUGGAGAACCAGUACUUCCUGGGAUCUGCCUACAGCUGGAAUGAUGAGCAGAGUACCAAGGCUCAUCAUCUCAUUCCACAGGAGAUCACACAGCGGAUUGUGGAGAAAAUUAAUUCUGGAGAACACUUUGUUGCCUAUGUUGUGGUGCCCAUGUUCCCUGAAGGAGAUCCCACCAGUGCCCCAGUGCAGGAGAUCCUCCAUUGGCAGCACCGCACCAUGGAAAUGAUGUAUGGUGGCAUUGCAGAGGCUAUUGAAGCCAAUGAACUGGAUACUCAUCCCAGGGACUACCUUACCUUCUUCUGCCUGGGCAAGGGUGAGUGCCCUGAGGACAUUCCUGAGGAUCUACAGUCACCAGAACCUGAAACUCCGGCCAGUUUGCUGCGCGAGAAGGCUCGUCUUAUGAUAUAUGUUCAUUCCAAGAUGAUGAUCGUGGAUGAUGAUUACAUCAUUGUGGGAUCAGCCAACAUCAACCAGCGCAGCAUGGGUGGCACCCGUGACACGGAGAUUGCUGUAGGUGCCUUGCAGCCACUGCAGACACGGGAAGUGUGUGGGGAGCCUCGUGGGGGAGUGUUCCAGUUCAGGAUGGCACUGUGGGGAGAACACCUUGGGGGCUUGGAGGAGGUAUUUUACAACCCAGGUUCUCUUGACUGUGUGCGUGCUGUCAAUGAAUAUGCAGAUGCCAACUGGCAAGCAUAUGCAGCAGAUGAGCCAUGCAGAAUUGACAGUCACUUACUGGCCUAUCCAGUUUCAGUGGGACAAGAUGGGUCAGUUACUUCCUUAGAAGGAUCAGAGAACUUCCCAGACACUGAAGCUCCUGUGCUGGGAUCUCCAAACUUCCUUCCUAACAAGCUUACUACAUAAGAAAGCUGCUCAAUAUACUUUGUAAUAUUUGCUGCUAACAGUAUCAGAUUGGUGAUAGCUUACAUGUGCCUCUUUAUUAAACCUCACGUGCUUUAUGUGAUAGAAACAAAUUCAAAGUCUAUGUAAUAGCUAGUUUUUGUGGUGGCUGCUAUAAAUCAGAGAAAGUAUUAUAGAUUUGGGUUGCUUUAUUUUUUAUAGAAUAUACAUACUUAUAUGAAAAUAAUGUGUGAUUGGGCUAUACGACUUAAUAGAUUUAGGAAUGAUAUUGCAUGAAUCGGCUUCCACAGCUGCAACCGAGAUACCUGCCAAAGAUAGGUCUAGCUAAUUGUAAUUUACAGUUCUGGAAAAGCAGCUACAAAAUGUUCAUGAUGACACUUAUUUUUUGCAGAAGUUUACUGCAACAAAUGUAUAAAUGCAGUUAAAGUGACACAAGAUCUGUUAGCAUUUGGUCUUAUUUAAGAUUUGCCUAUGCAAUGAUUUUGUAACUGGUAUUGUGUUCAGGGAAACUGAUAUUAAUAAUUUAUAUAGAAAGUUAGCUUUAUUUGUAUAGCAUCCAUAUUUAAGGUGUCUAUCACAACAUUCUCAUAGUGUACUCAAGAAGGAAAACCUUUCAUGAUAUAAGGUUUUGGAGAAAUAUUGCAUUUACUGUUGCACAUAGUUUUUUUAGUCCAUUGCAAAUCAAAUUUAGAAGCAGUGUGUGACAUAAGCUUUGUGUUAGAAAUAUGUUCACAUAUUGUCUAAUGAUUGAUCAGAUUUUUGUUUGUUAGUCCAAAGUUUAGUAUUAAAGCUUCAUUGUUCUACAAUCAGCAUAUAUUUACCUUACAACUAGAUGAAGGAGUUCUGGAAAGAUUAGGUUUGUGCCUUUAUGGUGGUGAUGGUGUGUGGCUGGAUGUUCAAGGUCAGAGUGGCCAGAGUAGUGAAGGAAGUGUCAGCACAACUGUAGUUGUUUUGGAUGUACAAUGAAUCUCUGAAAAGUGAUGGGUGAUGCACUGGUAGAUUAUUACAUUGUCAGAAGCAAAUUGGUUUGAUUUUCUGAUGUGUGUAACUUGUCAGCAUGUGUGUGGUUUCUGUUACAAUUCACCAUUCACAUUGAGACUUUGACAUUUCUUCCCCAUGUGAUUGAAUGGUGCUAUGUUUAGCUUCUUUGUGUUUAUACCAUUCAGAGCAUGUUCUUAAUUUUGUACCUAGAGAACAAAUAUUAAUGUUGUUUUCCACAUUUA